UGUUUUUUUGCAUCAUUUAGUAUCGAACUAGCUUGGUGGUGACUGACUGUAGCGUACAGAGCCAGCUACAGCAUGUCUAGAUUUUGUAUAUUACUAAUACUUGUUUCUGUGAUUUUUGAUUCGACCUUUUCUAUUACGUUCUAUUUACCGGUGAAUCUUAGAAAAUGUUUGCGGGAAGAGAUCCACAAAGACGUGCUGGUUACAGGCGAAUACGAAGUUAGCGACCAACCAAAUGCGAAAACCAAUCUCAAGAUCACAGAUUCAUCAGGUCACACCUUGUACUCCAAGGAGGAUGCUUCAAAGGGAAAAUUUGCCUUUACAACAGAGGACUAUGAUAUGUUUGAGGUUUGCUUUGAAAGCAAAUCCCCCCUAGGUACUGGAAGGGUCCCAGACCAGCUAGUCAAUUUAGACAUGAAGCAUGGUGUGGAGGCAAAGAAUUACGAAGAGAUUGCAAAAGUUGAGAAGCUGAAGCCCCUAGAAGUUGAACUAAGACGCCUCGAGGACUUAUCGGAGUCCAUUGUGAAUGAUUUUGCCUACAUGAAGAAGCGUGAAGAAGAAAUGAGGGACACAAAUGAAUCCACCAACACGCGUGUCCUGUACUUCAGUAUCUUCUCUAUGUGCUGUCUAAUUGGGCUGGCAACAUGGCAGGUCUUCUACCUGCGGCGUUUCUUCAAGGCGAAGAAGCUGAUUGAGUAAACCCAUCAAUGAAACGAGGACCAUCAUGUUGAGGACGUUUGGGAAAUGGUGUUUGCUGUACAAUUUGUGAAACAACUGGGUUUUUUUGGAUGGGGGGGUCUCCCUUUACAAUUUAAAUGUAAAAUGAUUUGUCUUCUUUCAGCUUCAGUUUUUUUACCAGCCCCUCAUCUCUGGCACUAUUUGUUUUUAUUAGAAAUACAACCAAAUGUACUUUGAUACAUAUUGGUCUGAUAUUUUCUCAUUCAGUAUUCUUGUUACUAUUUUUGUUGUAGUAAAUUACUAAUACUGUAUGAAAAUAAACAUUACAUGUUUAAUGAGUGCACAAAAACUCCCUUCAAACAUUCAGAUAUUGUUAGGUGAAAAUAACAUUUCCCCAAUAUGUCAGGUACAUGGUUGUUUUUUAUUAAAAAACGUUUUCACUUUGA